UAGAAAGGAAAACUGGUUUUCCUCCUUUUCCCCUUCCCCUCCAUCACCCCGCCUCUCACCAAGCCACACCGGGCCAAACCCUAACUCACGGCCGCCGGAGAUGGGGCAAGGCACUCCCGGCGGGAUGGGGAAGCAGGGCGGCCUCCCGGGCGACCGCAAGCCCGGCGACGGCGGGAAGAAGGACAAGAAGUACGAGCCUCCCGCCGCCCCUUCCCGUGUCGGCAGGAGGCAGAAGCGGCAGAAGGGCUCCGAGGCGGCGGCGCGGCUCCCCGCCGUGGCCCCGCUCUCCAAGUGCCGCCUCCGCCUGCUCAAGCUCGAGCGCGUCAAAGACUACCUCCUCAUGGAGGAGGAGUUCGUCGCCAGCCAGGAGCGCCUGCGCCCCAGCGAGGACAAGACGGAGGAGGACCGAUCCAAGGUCGACGACCUCCGCGGCACCCCCAUGAGCGUCGGAUCGCUCGAGGAGAUCAUAGACGAGAGCCACGCCAUCGUCUCCUCGUCCGUGGGGCCCGAGUACUACGUCGGGGUAAUGUCCUUCGUCGACAAGGACCAGCUCGAGCCUGGAUGCGCCAUACUGAUGCACAACAAGGUUCUGUCUGUGGUUGGUAUUUUGCAAGAUGAAGUUGAUCCUAUGGUUUCUGUCAUGAAAGUUGAAAAGGCGCCUUUGGAGUCUUAUGCUGACAUUGGUGGCUUAGAUGCUCAAAUUCAAGAAAUCAAAGAAGCAGUUGAACUUCCCUUAACACAUCCUGAGCUAUAUGAGGACAUUGGAAUCAGGCCUCCCAAGGGAGUAAUACUUUAUGGAGAACCUGGAACAGGGAAAACUCUACUUGCUAAGGCCGUUGCCAAUUCUACAUCAGCAACAUUCUUGCGCGUUGUUGGGAGUGAGUUGAUCCAAAAGUACCUUGGUGAUGGUCCCAAGCUUGUAAGAGAAUUGUUCAGGGUGGCUGAUGACCUUUCUCCUUCAAUUGUCUUUAUUGAUGAGAUUGAUGCAGUUGGCACAAAGAGGUAUGAUGCUCAUUCAGGAGGAGAGCGCGAGAUUCAGAGAACUAUGUUGGAGUUGUUAAAUCAGCUGGAUGGUUUUGAUUCAAGAGGAGAUGUUAAAGUUAUUCUAGCAACGAAUCGCAUCGAAAGUCUUGACCCUGCCUUGCUUCGACCAGGUCGAAUUGACAGGAAGAUUGAAUUCCCUUUACCAGAUGUUAAGACCAGGCGCCGCAUCUUCCAGAUCCACACAUCGAAGAUGACCUUGGCUGAUGACGUAAACCUAGAAGAGUUUAUCAUGUCAAAAGAUGAGUUUUCAGGUGCCGACAUCAAAGCAAUUUGUACUGAAGCUGGCUUGCUUGCUUUGAGAGAGCGUCGUAUGAAGGUGACGCAUGUGGACUUCAAGAAGGCCAAAGAAAAGGUCAUGUUCAAGAAGAAAGAAGGUGUGCCGGAGGGCCUCUACAUGUGAGACUAUCGGUAGCACUAGAACUGCCUUUGGGAUGUGGUUUAGUAGUAUCUUAGUGUGGAGAACUGGUAUUUGUAAUCUGAUUAAAUGGUCUAAGAAUGUUUGCCUACAUUCUCUUUUGCUGGAUUACGCAACUCGAAUUGUAAUCAUAUUAUCCCUACUUGAGAUAUGAAAUUGCACGGAUAAAUCAAGAUGGCAGUUGAAUGCU